GCCGAGGGGCGCAGGGCCCCGGCGGUCGGGGGCCUCGGAGCCGCCCAGGUCGGAAUGGAGCCCCCGGGGGAGGAACCCCGUCUGGCGAGGAGACGCCUGUCGCGGGCCCGGCACCGGGCGACGCUGACCGGCCUCUUCGAUAGCCUUAGGAGGACGCUGUACGGGCAGCCCAACGACACGGCCACCAAGUUGCAAGUUCUGCGGAAGGCGAAGCACCGGAUCCAGGAGCUGGAACAUACUCUGGAAAACCUGCUGAAGCUGAAAGAUUCCCUCCACCUGGAGGGUGGGAACGUGUCCAGCCUGGAGGAGGUCAAGAAGGAUUUCGUCAGGAUGUACUCCGGUCCACGCUACAGGGCGACUCCGGACCCGAGGGGAGACCGCGACCCGGCCCCGCGGCACCCAUCCGGGCUUAGACGGACAACUCGCCGGAGAGGACGAGGCCAAGCCGGAGGGCGGGGGGUUUCCCGACUCUUCCGCCUCUCAGCUGGUGGAAUUCGAGCGGUACCUUUAUUUCUGCAAGCGGACGGCGGACCUCCUGGUGGAGCGAGGCGUGGUCUCCCCGGAGGAGGUGAACCUCUCGGUGGUCUCCUCGCCAUCUCCCACCUGUGGCAGGAGCUCCCCGAGGAGAAGCGCCGUGACGUCCUGCAGGGGUACGGCCGGAGCCAGGGCCCGAGCCAGAGCGGCCUCGCCACCGCACGGGGACGCCCUCCCAAGAGCCGGGCCUCGCCGGGGCGGCGCGGUGGACAGCGGGGGUCCGGCGGCUCUCCGGACUCCACCCGGGAGAGGUGGUCGGGUCCGGGAGCGGGGUCCGCGGCGGGGAGAGAGGACGAGGGAACGUAUCUUCCGGUCAGGCUGUAG